AUGGUUAUAUUAUUGACACCAAUGUGCACAAUCACCACCAAAUUGACAAUGCAUGGACGUAACAUCUUUUUAAUAACCGUGUGGUACAUGGUCGGAAUAAUUAGUGUAAUGUCAUCAAUAUGUUUUCAAUGGAAAUCUGCCAUACCAGGAAGGGAUACCGGUCACGUGAUUCAUCGCUACCAACCAAUAGGAAUCUCAUCGUGCUCGAAGGAGUGUCUGAUAAGGAGAAGCUGUGCUUCUGUUAACUAUGAUUCUAUGAAUCUUCUUUGUGAGCUUGUUGGCCAGAAGAACAAACAUAACCCAUUACUUGACAGACAUUUCAAACACAUCAAUAAGAUUGCAAUGCAUAAAAAGAUACACACGGGAGUUUGUAACGAUGGGCUCUGUGCAGUUGGUCAGAGGUGUACAGUGAUAAAACAUUCGUACAAAUGUGUCCAAACGGAAUGUUCACCAUUAAACUAUGGGGGAGUCACACUACAGGAUUCGAGCACAACAGAAAUCGGAUCUGAGAUCAAAAUGGUGUGUGAAAAUAAAAGAAAUAUAUCAAUACCCAUUUCCUUUAGAUGUCUACCGAGCGGCAGGUGGGAAAACAUGGAUCUUUCACUUAACAAAUGUAAGUGUAUUCAAGUGGAGGGAUUUCAGAUGAGUAACGACAAAAUGUCUGACAAAUGCUACAAACCAGUGGAUCAGGUUCAGACGUAUAACACAGCUGCGGAAGGCUGUACAAACUUAACCCGUAACGGUCAUCUGGCUUUUCCUCUGUCACAUUCUUCCAAGACAUUCGCAUGUAGACUUAUUACUUCUUUUCCAGGAAAAGAUAAGGUACUAUGGACCGGUGGUGUAUGGAUAAACACUCACACAAUUGUAACAACAUUAAGUCUGGGUAAUAUCUCCGCCACAUCUGUCUCUGGACUGGGAACUUUCAUGGGUGCUGGAUGCCUUGUCCUCAACUGUACUGAUCUAAAAAUGACCGCCCAGAACUGUAACACUCGCCUACCAUUUGUGUGUGAAAAAGAUUUUAUUGCAGCACUCUUAAGUGUAGGUGGUCAGAAGACGCCCGAAAAAUGUUUUCCACUUGAUCGUUUUCGUGAAGGACGGCUUUUAGGCUGUGUUCUCCGUAAACUAGAGAAGGUGGGCCCGUUAUCUUGUGUAAAAGAGUGUCUCCUUAGACAGAGCUGCUUCUCUAUCAAUUACGACAUCCAGGCCCUCACCUGUGAAAUCAACUACGCUAAUCUAGGAUCAUGUGGCUACUCUCUAAAAGAUAGUGAUGGGUAUCUAUACAUCGAGAAACGGGACAUGCAGCACAUGGUCAGAAUAUCUCCAUGCAAAACUACAACGUGUGGAGAAAACCAGCGAUGUGAAAUCCUGGCCAGUGGUUUAUUUCUUUGCUCCAUAACAGGUAAAAAAAGAAAGAACCAAUGA